AUUUAUAUUUGAUAGAUGGCGGAUAAAUACUACAGGCUUGUGUGCUUUGUGGUGAACAUUUGUCCAGAACCUUUACGAGAAUUUUUCAUCAAGCUUGCUAAUAAAGAUGCAGGAUCUUCUUAUACAACCGUUGAUGCAUAUCUUGCUCACAGGCACCCGGAUGUGAUGCAGCUGAAAAGGAAGAAAAGGAUCAGAGAAGAUCAGUAUGAUUUACUAUAUCCUGGUCAUGGCACCGCUAACGUUGACCAAUGGGAUGUUACACUUCUUGUUACAUUGAUUACGGAAAUGUUCGAGACAAGCAUACAACCCCUUGAUAUAUUUCUCAUGAAGAAUGAAAUUCGCGGGAUACGUAACGAGUUGCAGCAUCUCCCAAACACUUCAAAUAUGACAGACAAAGAGUUUGAUGACUACUGGAGACGUCUUGACACUGCCACUAUUGCUAUAGCAAAGCAGGUGUUUAGUGCGGGGCGUGAAGAAUUGUUUCGAAAGAAAAUUGAAAAUGCUAAAAGCAAUAACCUUCCAAACCUUGGGGAUACUCUACGCCAGUGGUACGAAGAAACCAUUAAACAAAUGCAAAGCAAGUUAGAUGACAUCGAGUCAAAUACCAAGGAGACGACUUCAGUUCUUCGACAAGUGACUGUUCAAAAACCCGGACCUUCAGGCGACAAAAAUAAAAGAAUUAAAACUGCUGAUGGCAUACUGGCAAAGCUUCAAGCUAGUUUUGAAACAACAAUGAAUGAAUUACCAGAAGAUUUCAAUGCACCUUCAGAAGUUGCCGACAUCAGAACAAAACUUAGAAACAAUCACUAUGUGGUUGUAACCGGAAGUUACAAUCGUCUUUAUUUUGAAACAGCACUUGCAGCCAUUAAAGGAAUGGGUUAUAAUUACAAACGAAGUGUCGAGAUGCACGAGUCGUCGGACUGGCGCCAUAUUGACCCCGAAGACGUUGACUUCGUCCUGUGCAGAAAUCCGUUUGGAAGUUUCUCGUAUGAUGAAAACAAAGCUAAAGCUAUGGCAGAUAUAUUCAACAGCAUGAUGCAUACAACAAAAGGAGAUGAGAACAAAACUUUAGACCUAGUCAUAGUAACAGACCUGACGAUUCUGACAGAGUGCAAACAAUAUCACGAUCAUGACAUCCUGGAAGAAAUAGUGAAGGUUUUUGAUGAUACAAGUGAAUCACGACCGGCGGACCUUACCCUUGGGUGUAGAAAUCAGAAUAUGACCUCGAACUGUUUUCCAGUUGCCAACAACUUGGGAGUACUGACGAGCAACUUCCUGAAGCAGUAUAGCAUCUCCAGCAGUCAAGAAAAUGAAAGCGUAAUUAAAGAGGCAAGAGACAAAUUUAAAGCAAAGAAAGCCAUUGUGCUGACGGGGCCGAGAAAAUGCGGAAAAACAUCAGUAGCAGUUGCGUUGGCGUCUUCUUAUCAGCCUUCACAAUGUUCCCUUCUUACAAAACCAAGUGAUUUUUUGAAAAUUGAUUUUCAAAACAUAUGCUUGAUAAUUAUUGAUGAGUUUGCCGGAAAGUAUUGUUACGAUGAGAAAACCAUAUACAACUGGUUAAGCAUGUUUGAUCAUUUGUAUAACGCCAUUACGGCAGGACAGAUGAACGUGAUAAUCACGUGCGAAAAAAGCAAACUGGACAAAUGUUGCUCUUAGAUUUCAUCACAUCCUAUUCUUGACCACAGAGUAGACAUACCAGCACGUACUACUGUCAUUAAGCAGGAGAUGGAACUUCAAAAUACAGAACAUACUUUAAGCGUCGUGGACAGCCCUGACAGAUCUGUAAAUUAUAGUGCGAUUAUGGAAAAAAGUCGUACGGGAAUUGCGGGAGCAUUUAACACACAGUAUGGCAAUGGCAAACCGACAACCAUACUGAGAUUGCCACAAGCAGGCACAGCUCAAGACCACUAUAUCUCCCCUAUAGGAAUACAGGGAUCGGUACAGAACUUCAUGAGCAGUAGAAAUCUGUUUCCCACUACUUGGAACAAUAUUCUUCCAGCACAGGCAUUAUCAACAGAAAGAGGAGAUAUUGUAGACAACUAUGCCGGAUCAACAGAUACAGGUACUAUGGUGGACUCAAGUAGAGGGGGAAUAUCGGGAGCCUUUAACAUGUCUUAUAGAAACGAAACAGAAAAGACAAUAUUGAGAUUGCCGACACCAGACAGAGCGCUGGACUUAACCAUCUCUCGUAUGGGAAUGCCGGCAUCGUUGUUGCAGAACUUCACGACUGUGCCAGCACAAACAGUAUCAAGAGGAGUUGGUACAGGUCCGCUGUUUCAGAUUCAUGGACAUCAAAGGUAUAAAAAGGGUGAAAUGAAACACUUAUUUUUGUUUUGUUUUGGUGACUUACUUGCUUUUAUACCCCCCGACAACGAAGUUGUAAGGGGGGUAUACUGGUUUCAGGUUGUCUGUCUGUCUGUCUGUCCGUCCUUCUGUUCGUAGACACAAUCUUGUACGCACCAUCUCUCCUCAUCUCCUUGACACAAUUUAAUGAAACUUCACACAAAUGAUCAGUAACAACAGUAGUUGUGCAUGGGGCAUGUUAGGUUCUUUCAGAAAAAUAUUUUGCAGAGUUAUGGGACUUUGUUUUUUGUUACUAUACUAUAUACAUAGACACAAUCUUGUGUGCACCAUCUCUCCUCAUCCCCUUGACACAAUUUAAUGAAACUUCACACAAGUGAUCAGUAACAACAGUAGUUGUGCAUGAGGCAUGUUAGGUUCUUUCAGAAAAAAGUUUGCAGAGUUAUUGGACUUUGUUUUUAGUUACUUUACUAUAUACAUGGACACAAUCUUGUGCGCACCAUCUCUCCUCAUCCUCUUGACACAAUUUAAUGAAACUUCACACAAGUGAUUAGUAAAUACAGUAGUUGUGUGUGAGGCAUGUUAGGUUCUUUCAACAACAAUUUCAGAGUUAUGGGACUUUGUUUCUUGUUAACAUACUAUGUACAUACAGUCUGCAUAUGCAAUCUUGUGCGCGCCUAAUCUUCCGAACCCUUGCACACAAUUUAAUGAAACUUCACACAAGUGAUCAGUACCAACCCUAGUUGUGCAUGGUGCAUGUUACGUUCUUUUAGAUAAAUAUUCUGCAUAGUUAUGGGACUUUGUUUUUUGUUACUAUACUGUGUACAUACAGUCUAUAUACAUACAGUCCACAUAAUUAUGCAGUCUUGUGUGCGUCAAAUUGCAAUGUACUGUGUCAGUGCAUGCGGGAGGUACAUUCAUCACCUUCAGUGAUAGCUCUAGUUAGAUUAGAUUUUAUCAGGAACUGUUCUGACUUUCUAAGUAAAUAACGACCAAGUAAAGCAAAUCCAUAUGUUACCAUCAUCGGACCGAUAUCAUUUUAUAAUGGAAAGAUUUCGUUUUGCCAUUGGUUAUAAGUCGAAAUGGUGUCGACGAUAUGUGGCAGAUACUGGUCUUUUUGUAUGUACAUCUGUUUGUCCAUCAGUUAACAAUUUCGUUUCCGCAUAAUAACUUAAGAAUACUUUGAUCUAUAAUUCUCAAACUUUAAUUACUAUUGCUCAGGGGUUCCCAUUAUUUGAGGUCAAUGAAACAAAGGUCAAGGUCACAGUGACUCAUUAAGCACAAAAUCGAUUUCUCUCAAUAUCUUGAGACUCCCUUGACCUGCGAUCCUCAAACGUAGCAGGCACAUUGACCAAUAUGUGUAUGGCGAGGGAGUUUCCGGUAUUUACCAGUGCUGUAAAACGAGGAGCAAGUUAGAUGAAUCUCUUGAAAAUGACGUAUACUAUAUAUGUAGAUAGAUGCGAACAGUACUUUGUAUUCUUUUACGUUAAACCGAAAAAAAAUCAAAAAG